AUGUUCCAGGCGGUAUGGUACGGUGUUAUAGACAAUGUUCCAGGCGGUGUUAUAGACAAUGUUCCAGGCGGUGUUAUAGACAAUGUUCCAGACGGUGUUAUAGACAAUGUCCCAGGCGGUGUUAUAGACAACGUUCCAGGCGGUGUUAUAGACAAUGUUCCAGAUGGUGUUAUAGACAAUGUUCCAGACGGUGUUAUAGACAAUGUUCCAGACGGUGUUAUAGACAAUGUUCCAGGCGGUGUUAUAGACAAUGUUCCAGGCGGUGUUAUAGACAAUGUUCCAGACGGUGUUAUAGACAAUGUUCCAGGCGGUGUUAUAGACAAUGUUCCAGACGGUGUUUUAGACAAUGUUUCAGACGGUGUUAUAGACAAUGUUCCAGGCGGUGUUAUAGACAAUGUUUCAGGCGGUGUUAUAGACAAUGUUCCAGGCGGUGUUAUAGACAAUGUUUCAGGCGGUGUUAUAGACAAUGUUCCAGGCGGUGUUAUAGACAAUGUUCCAGACGGUGUUAUAGACAAUGUUCCAGAUGAUGUUCCAGAUGUUCCAGGCGGUGUUAUAGACAAUGUUCCAGGCGGUGUUAUAGACAAUGUUCCAGACGGUGUUAUAGACAAUGUUCCAGAUGAUGUUCCAGAUGUUCCAGACGGUGUUAUAGACAAUGUUCCAGACAGUGUUAUAGACAAUGUUCCAGACGGUGUUAUAGACAAUGUUCCAGACGGUGUUAUAGACAAUGUUCCAGGUGAUGUUCCAGAUGUUCCAGAAGUCAAGUGUAUACUUUAUACCAGCAAGUGCUACUACAUACUUCCAUCAGUUACAUCAUAG